AUGGAUAUAAAGACCUUGCUGGACAAUCUUCAUGAUGAAGUAUCCUGUUCUGUGUGUAUGUGUACAUUCACUGAUCCAAAGCAGUUGCCUUGUUUGCACAGUUUCUGUCUUCACUGCCUGAACGGAAUUCAACGAACGAGCGGCGUCCAUGGUAAAAUUAUAUGCCCCGAGUGCAGGAGACAGUUUCAAAUCCCUGGAAGUGGAAAUCCCAGCGAACUUCCCACUAAUUUUCGUAUCAACAGUUUGCUAGAUGUCUUGGCAAUAAAAGAGUGCAGCACAGCUAACGUGAAAUGCGGAAAUUGCAACAAACGGAGCGCCCAGACCUUAUAUUGCUUCCAGUGUUGUUCUUUCUGGUGCGACGAAUGUAUUUUAGCACAUAACAUAAUACGCACCAAUAAAGAACACAGAACGUUGGCACUGAAGGAUUUUCAAGAUCAGGACAUCGAGGCCAUGUUAAAGAGACCGGCAUUUUGUCAGAAGAAACGACAUGAAAAAGAAGAGUUGAAAUUCUUUUGUAAGGACUGUAGAGUCGCCAUUUGCAACACUUGUGUUGUAACACUCCAUGAAGGUCACGGAAAGAUGCUUUUGGAAGAGGCUACAGACGCGCGCAAGACUCAGAUCAACUCCAUGACUCAAUCUUUAAUAGAAAAAGCACAAGAAAAACGAAAAGACCUCGAGCAAUUGAACCAAAAGAGCAUGGACAUUACACUGCAAGUUGCCGACUUUAAAAGCCAGGUCCAGACACAUGUAUAUCAAGUUAUUGCAAUCAUCGAAGCGAGGAAACAGGAUGUUUUUGAUGCAGUCGAUAAUCAAGCGAAAAAAUCACUGAAAUCUCUCUCACAGAAAAAAGAUGAAGUUGAAAAUCAAGUGAAAUUAAUUGAAUCGGCAAUUGAACAAACUACAGCUCUUGUGAAACGAAGCUUCAGCACUGAUAUCCUUGGAUUCAGUGAAACAUUUGAUGCAAUCUUUCAGGAACAGGGCACCCAAGAAAACCGUGACAUUGACUGUAUCCCUCGCUUUAGUUUCACUAAAAGUGAAAAAUUGAUUAACGUGUUGAAAAAUGAAGGGAUAGGUAAUGUAAAAACAGUUUUAAGCGAAACUAAAGUGCAACAAUCAGGAGCUAAAGGUAAAGAAAGUAGUAAAGUAAUCGCUGGGAAUAAAGGGGCAAAUGUUCAUGACAGUCCUCUUGAGACUCAGGUACAAACCAGGCGCUUCAGAUCUGUGCUGUCAUUUGGACAAAAAGGUGAGUCUGUUGGAAUGCUUAACAAGCCCUGGGGGGUGGCAGUGAAUGAUCGUGAUAAAAUUGCUGUGACUGAGUUCUGGAACCACAGGGUUUCAGUGUUUAGUAGUGACGGUACCCACUUAAUAUCGUUUGGUGUAAUCGGUAACAAUAAUGGUGAGUUCCAGUGGCCUACAGGGAUCGCUUUUGAUAGUCAUGGCAAUAUUGUAGUGGCAGACUGUUUGAACCACAGGGUGCAAGUCUUUGAUAGGUAUGGUAACUUUCUUAGUAAGUUUGGUGAACAAGGAAGUCGUGAUAAUCAGCUUAUACACCCUGAAGGUUUAUCAAUAAACGGUAACGGUGAUAUUAUUGUUGCUGAUACCGGUAACAAAUUAAUCAAGAUUUUCUCCUCUAGUCGCAACUAUUUGCGUAAGUUUGGUGGAGCAGGUUCAUUGGUCAAUCCCGUUCACUGUAUCCAACACGGUCAAUAUUUUAUAGUCUCAGAUUACGCUGAUCAUUCCAUUAAGAUGUUUGAUCUUGAGGGAAAAUUUAUUUCUAAAUUUGGAAAACAGGGAAACAAGGAUGGAGAGUUCAAUAAGCCCCGUUGCUUGUCAGUUAACAAAGAAGGAUUGCUAAUGGUCUGUGAUUCACAAAAUCACAGAGUUCAAGUAUUUGAACUGAGUGGAAAGUUUGUUACAAAAUUUGGAAGUGAAGGUAGUGGGAGAGGAGAGUUGAAGAAUCCAUAUUCUACAGCAAUUCUUAGUGAUGGAAGAAUAGUUGUGUGUGAUUCGCAUAACUCUCGAAUCCAGGUAUUUGAGCAUAAAUGAAAUAAUCUAUAACUUGCGAAUACAACCGUCUUUCCUCGCUCCUCGUCGUUAGGGACCUUUAGCGGAAAACGUCUCUGCCGCAAAACUUCGUAAUAGCAGCGAUGAGCGAGGAGAGUCAUGAUCAGCUGUAUUCGCAGAGGGCUACAAAUAAUCCUACCUUUGAGAUUCAGUUCACUAUUAUAUAUUCCUAUCAUUAAUCAGCACCGUUCAUGUUUCGGGAGGAAAUCCAUUUCGUGCGAUUCUUUUGUUUAGACAUUUUGAUAUGUCGAAAUUGGUGUAUGUUCUACUUGUAAAUAUAUUUUGCCCCAUAAAUGAUAUGGAUUUCCAGUGUCGCUUAAAAGUUGAGUUUUCGCCGGCGCGACCCUCCUUACAUUGCCUCUAUUUCAUUUAUGCCGUAAAUACAAUACCUGGAAAAAAAUAAACUGCAAUAGAUUGACUAGAUCCACAGAUUAUUAUUAUGAAAAGAAAAACUCUGUUACAUUUUAAGCUCACAGUAUUACUAAUUUGGAAUUAUUUAUCUUCAAACUCUGUUCAAUAUUUAGAUACAUUUUUGAAAGUGUGUUUUUUUCAUUGGGUUGUUAUCUGUUCAAUAGUGAGGACAGCCUGAUUGGCUCAUAAUUUUUUAACUACAAGGCUUAUUUUUACUUAGCUUUUUCCAGUAGUAACAGACGUACAUAUUUCUCAAAAAACAAAAUACUAUUCCCUUUGUUAAUAACUCAAGUGGAUUAUGUUUUGUCUAAAUAAACAACAGUGUAAGUAAAUGCUUUGUUCCUUGUAUUCAAUGUCUCCUAAUCAAGGGGGGAUUUAGGGGUGGCCGAGGGGGCCGCGGUCACCACUUUUUCUUUGAAAUAUGGAAUUUUUUUUUUAUAGAAUUCUCAGCAAAAUAAAAAGGAGCUUUAAGUAGGCAAUUGUACCGGCAUCCCUUUUCUGACUUUUCUGGAUCCGCCCCUGCUAAUGUGUGCAAUAACGUGCGACGGAAAGUCGACAACGCCACUUAACAGUCUUGCUUCUUGGGUUUCGCGCUUAAGAGAAAUAUUACAGAAAAAACUUAGCAGUGACGAUGGAAAUUGGUGAGGGCCGACUGUCCCCGCAUUUUGUCUCAUGAAUGUGCCACCCUUGCUCUCCUAGAUACCUUUUCAAAGGGGGUUACAAGAAAAGACCUUUGAGACUUUUCGUCGAGUUGAAAUUUAUAUUGCGGUCGAUUUAAGACGAAAUCCACACCAAACUCCAGGCACGCAUAAUUAUUCCAAGUUCUUUAGUGCAGCUUGUGCGCUUUGACAUUUUCACUUUGUAACCUGCAAUAAUCCCGGACAAAAGAAGUUGGGAAGGUUUUGCAUAUAACAAAACAAUUACGCGCACAAACACUAUUAGUCUUGUACAGCAUUGGGCAUAGACGGCAAAAAAGAAGGAUUUGUUUUUCUCAAAAUCGGUUUAGCGUAGUUUUAGCUUUCCUCCCAACUCUCGCCUUCUGUGUUCAGCCUGGCUCUAGACCUUUCUUUGACUGCUCGCGCGGCGUACUUGAAUACGCAAAAAUAACGUGACUGUUUUGCAGUCUAAAUUGAGGAAGGGGCAGAGGAAAUAAGGGGAAAAGAGUUAAAAAAUAGUAUCCUCCCUACACACUUUUGACGAUUGUCCCACUUAGGGUUUCAGUUGCACCCAACAUUCCUUUUUAAGCUCGCUAUCAAAUAAAUGCAGCUUUACAUGCCUUGAAACUGAAGUGGGAAGGGGUUCUUUGUUUAUUAUGAUCGAAAAUUUGUAAGACAAGCGAUGAAGCAAAUGAACCAAUUAGAGUCAGGGAAUUAACGACCGAAACUAUUUCAUGAUUGAAGGUUUUAUUGCAAUAAUUGUUCUAAUCGAAGCUUCUGUUUCUGACUUCGUUUUGACUCCUGUUUUCACUCGUGCCCAGUCGUCUUUGCAUAACACGCGGCGGGAGCAACAACAACAUCAAAAGCGACAACAGUUUAUAUAAUCCAAUUUGAAAAUAAUUUAUGACUGUGUUACCCACAAUUAGCGAAGCUAUUCCAGGUGGGUAACACUUAUAAAGCAAUAGCCUCGUUGAGUAAAAGUUCUAAAAAGAAAAAGAAAGUGCGUAAAGCAAAUUGAAACGGCGACUUCAGGGUCCCUCCCGUUCAAAGUUGAUCGACCAGAAUUGAUACACCUUUCGUGGACGCGCCUUUCUCUUCCUCUAAAAGAGUUUUUUCUUGAUCUCACCGGACACGUGCACACCACUGACAUCUUAACCCUUUAAGCCCUAAGAGUGAUCAGCAUCAAAUUUCUCCUUAUAAUAUCAAUGCUUUGUAAAACAGAGUAGGUCAUGAGAAUUACGGACAUGAUCACGUAAGAUGAAUUUGCUUGAUAUUUUAUCAGCUUCUCUCCGCUACUUCUGUACGAAAUGAAUUGGGUCAACAAAUGAGAAUUCAGAUUUUGAUCUUAGGGUUUAAAUGGUUAACACUAAAACGCCCCUAGCUGAGAGGAGCGAGGAGAGAAGGCUGUGUUCGCAGGUUAGAGAAACCAGACGAAGUGCUAUAAGUCUAGUUCAGAUGACAAAAAAAAUAGUCUUCGUUCCCUCGGUCAGUACAUUAGUGACUUUACGCAACAGGACGGCAGGAAGAAGAGGAAGGCAAAACGCUCGUGUGUGACAAACGUGACAAGGCUAUUUCUUACGUGUUUUGUCGUGAUCUUCACUUAACAUCAAUGUUUUCUGGUCUUUUACAAAAAGAUCUGUUUAAAGGAAAGUGAAGUUUAGGGAAAAGUUAUUGCAAACAAAAUCAUUGUCACGCUUGUCACACAAGGUUUGUCGUCUUCUUCCCUCUCCCGUCCUGUUGCGUAAGUUCACUAUUGUCAGUCGGCGCGAAAUCACACCCAGUACAGUCUAUCUGGCGACAAUCCAUUCAAUUAAUUAUACAUGCACAAAGUUGACUUACGCACGGCAAGAACUUGUUUGACAGCUAAAAACGAUAUGUCGCUACAAAGACGGCCUCAUUCCAACUGCAGAAAUGGAACACUUAGUAGUAGUUUGAAUCAUUCAAACUGUAGCCGUUUAAAAACUGAAUCUACUGAAUUGAAAAACAAAAUCACGGUUUAGUCGAUGUAGUCGAUGUAGUCGAUGUACGGUUCGUGCGAAUUAAAAGUUCCGAUAACGUAUUGAAAAUAUAUCAUCAAUUUCUUUUGAAUAUACAUCGAGGUUUUUUGUCGAGGGUGAGCCCGUUUAAAUAGGUGAUUAAGGACGUCAAUUUGACAGAGCCAUUACUAUUUUUAGAUUCUCCGCCUUGGUAUGUUCAUGAACCUGCUAUACUCGCUUAUUUUUCUUUUCGUGUUUUCAGCUAAGUAGCUUCACUGAUUAACAAUUAACUGCUUUUUUUAAAAGAAUUUAAGUAAACUUGAGGUGGGCCAACUAAGACCAACUAAAACAAUAGAAGCUCUUCCCCUCCCCUCCCCUUCUAACCUUUUAUAAAGUUUAUCUCUUUGCCCUUACCCACCCCUUCCCCCUGUUCCUAGGCUAUCUACCCAUCUCUUGACAUUUUGCGAAAAGUAGAAGCCUGCGAAUACAGUCGUCUAACCUCGCUCCUCUCUGGUCUUGGACGUUUGCCUAGCCGCAAAGAGCGAGGAAAAUGAGAGAGCUGUAUUAGUAGUCUAGACCAGUAGCUGUUAAACAGUAAAUACUUGCCUUAUGCCGGUUUGGAUAAUGAUCACAAGAGGUUUUAAGGUAUUUAUUUUGAUAAUUACUUAUAUCCUUACAGUCGCUUUGUUUUAUAACUGAAAAUUUCUUCUCAACAGCACGCGGUCUCAUUAAUUGCUUCGAGGUCACAUGACAUCUAACAAUGAAACUAUUUCCCGCCAAAAUCUCUGAGCGAGGGAACAAUGCAAAAAAAAUCAAGAAGUCAGAGGGAAACAAUUUCCAGCUAUACAACACAUCACUUAAAGACUGGUGCCUCGAGAAUUUGUUUCCCCGGUGACCAGUCAUUAAGUGUUUAUUAUUGUUGUGAUCGUUGCUGAUGGUGACACAAAACCUCAACUGACAACCUCGUUGACUGCUACCCAGGAAGCGGGAUUCACCAAAAUUUAGGGCGCGGGAUGUGGGAUUUUUUCCCUCCCUGUCGGGAUCGGGAAAUCAUGACGACUCAGAUACGCGUUCUUGCGGCAAAUGCGAUUUAACAAGGCAAUCGUUCAGUUGUGUCCCCUAUCAACUGAACAAAAUAUAUAUAGUGAUCUGGUUAAUAAUUGUCUAGCUGAAAUAUUCAGGAAGUGAACAGACGAGCUGAGCGGCCAGAAGAACCACUAUUUCAACCAGAUGCCAAGAAAGGGCGCGUGACGCAAUGGCAGUCUAGUUAAUGAAGUUUUCCUUCUAUUCUAAAAAAACGCCUGAUCGAAGGUUACCUUAAGUACAUUCAUAGUUUUGGUGUCGUUCUUUCUUACAGCCACAACCAAGUCUGCUAGAGCCAGAAAAGCCUAUUCCAGAGGUCCUCCGUUCUAUUUUGUGCCACCUUGGAACAGGCUAGCGCCAGAAGUAACACAGCGAACUAAAAAACUAAAUGUUGUUUAUCACGUUACAGAACGAACACAAAGAGCUGUAGAGAUUCCAGAAGCAGUUUAAAAAACUUCAGGGAGUUAAGGUGAUGUUACACGAAGACGAUCAGCACAACGACGAUUUUUAGCGCAAUGCAGCAUUACAACAUUGCUGCGACAUUGUUUCGAAUGGUUGCAACAUUGUUUCAACAUUCCAAUGCUGUGUUACGUGUUGCUGGAAAAAUUGUCUUUACGAAUCAUCUCCUGUAGCAUUACCCUUACAAAGAGUAAAGGCCUAAGAGACUUUUCUCAAUGAGAAAUCCAGUUGUGUGAAUAUGAGUUUGACAGAUACACCUAUCCAGAUAUGAGUUUGACACACUUAUCCAGGUCGUCCAGGGAAGCCGUUUAUCGUUUAUGCUAACAAUUCGCAGAUCAUGAUUCGAUAGUAACUACUAGUCAGCAAAGAAGGAUCACUAAUGGUCUGUGAUGAAAGAAAUCACAGGGUUCAGGUAUUUGAACUGAGUGAAAAGUUUGUUACAAAGUUUGGAAGUAAAGGCGUAGCUAGAGUGGAGAGUUUAGGAAUCCAGUGUCCACAGCAAAUAUAG